AUGGUGGAAAGAAAGGACAAGUCAAAGGUGCACAAGCUGUCGAUCAAAGGAUCGGCCAAGCUUGUCUCCGAAUUCUUUGAAUACUCAAUCAACUCAAUCCUCUUCCAACGAGGAGUCUAUCCUCCCGAGGAUUUUACAGCGAUUAAGAAAUAUGGCCUCAAUAUGUUGGUUUCGGCCGAUGACCAGGUCAAAGCCUACAUCAAGAAGAUUAUGUCACAGUUGAAAGAAUGGAUGCAGGGAGGAAAGAUAUCAAAACUCGUGGUAGUAAUCACAGACAAGGAGACUGGUGAACAUGUGGAGAGGUGGCAAUUCGAUGUUGAGAUCUUCGGCAAGAAAUCCAAAAGCAAGAGUUCCCAGAAAGCCGGCGACAAGGAGAACAGUACAUCGGGAGAUGCGAGUACUCAAUCUCCCGAGCCUAUCGAGAAGACAGAAAAGCAGAUCCAGGAGGAGAUCCAAGCGAUCUUCCGUCAGAUUACCGCCUCUGUUACCUUCCUCCCUGUUCUUGACGGUGACUGCACCUUCAAUGUGCUUGUCUAUGCCGAUGCCGAUUCAGACGUGCCCGUGGAAUGGGGCGACAGUGACGCGAAGGAAAUUAAGAAUGCAGAAAAGGUCCAGUUGAGGAGCUUCAGCACAAACAACCAUCGAGUGGGGACUCUGGUCAGCUACCGGCUGGCAGAUUAA